AUGCAGAUAGGUAUGCGCGCACGUAGCGCCAGCUGUACGCUAAUGUACAAAAAGGCACUAAAACUGAGCAGGGCCUCACUGGGUAAGACAACUGUGGGACAAAUUGUAAACCUUAUGUCCAACGAUGUUAACCGUUUCGAUGAGGUAUCGGUUAAUAAUAUUAGCGCCAAAUGGAGCAAGGACAUCCCAUACCCGACCCUUGAUAACAUAUCCGUACAUUUAAGACCGGGUGAUCUGUUAGCAGUUAUAGGGCCGGUAGGCUCUGGAAAGCUACCGGUGCUCAAAGGAGACAUACAGAUCACGGGCACCGUUAGCUAUGCGUCGCAAGAGCCGUGGAAUUUCAAUAAUAGCGUCCGAAAUAACAUACUGUUUGGCAGUGAAUACGAUGAGCGCAGAUAUAAUCGUGUGGUAGAGGUGUGCGCCCUGGAAAGGGAUCUAAAAAUACUACCAUUUGGUGACAAAACAUUGGUCGGCGAGAAAGGGGUUCAACUAUCGGGUGGUCAAAAGGCCAGGAUCAAUUUAGCAAGGGACACAGAUAUCGUACUAAUGGACGACCCGUUAAGCGCUGUGGACACCGCCGUAGCCGAGCAUAUAUUUGAUAAGUACGACACUGAUCCUGACGAGUACUUAUCGGACAAAAUACGAAUAUUAGUCACCCAUCAAAUCCAAUUCGUACGUAAAGCCACGCAAAUACUGGUGCUCAAUGAGGGCCGGUGUCUAGGGGUGGGCACCUAUGACCAGCUCCAGGCCCAGGGUCUAGACUUUAUGCAAAUACUCAGCGAACAGGAACGGGAGGCGGCCGAACACAGUCGGGAACUUCAGCGCACUCUGUCGGUCAGUAGCGGCCAUAAACCGGAACCCAAUUUAUUGAGGCCUAGGAAUCAAUCCCGGAGGGCAUCGGUAGCCCUUUCCGAGAUGGAAGUGGUAAAUACCGAGGUGAUCGAUGAUGAUUACACGGGUGACCCUAAAAUACAGGACGAACAGCGAGAGGUGGGUGCCAUUGAUGGUAAAAUCUACUGGGAGUACAUUAAGGCAGGUGCCGGACCCAUACUGUUUACCCUAACAAUAUUAUCGACACUAGUGUCUCAGGGUAUAUUUCAUGCGUCGGACUUAUGGCUAACGGAUUGGACUGACCUCAACCAGAAGGAAGGCCAUGAUAUAAGCGAUAGCGACCAGAGUCGGGGUAUUAUUAUAUACGCGGCACUUAUUGGGGCGUUAUUUGUGACGGCACUCAUGCGGACGACUACGUGGUUCGCGAUGUGUAUGCGGGCGUCCAUUAACCUACACAACAGUAUAUUCAUGCGACUAUUACGGGCGCCUAUAGCCGUGUUUGACAAUAACCCUGUUGGUCGAAUACUGAAUCGAUUUUCAAAGGACACUGGUAUAAUCGAUGAAAUGUUGCCCACUACUGGUGUGCGCGCUUAUGGUGCUCAAAAGGCUUUUGAAAAACAAUUCUACGUAUACCAGGAUGACCACAGUGCCACCUGGUUCCUAUUUGUGUGUUCGUCGAGGGCCUUGGGACUUGUGACUGACUACCUGUGCAUCGUAUAUAUCGUAGCCAUUUCGACGGUAUUAAUGGCAUUCCCCGAUACAGUGUCGGGAGGUGGGGUGGGCCUUGCACUAUCAUCAGUGCUUAUGUUAAUAAAUACGACCCAAUGGGGUGUCCGACAGUCAACGGAAUUUGAGUCUCAAAUGACUUCAGUCGAGCGUAUCAUUGAGUACUCGAGACUACCACAGGAGGCGCCACUAGUCUCACCCGUAAAUGACCCCUACCUUCAAACGCCACCACCUGAUUGGCCGUCAAAUGGACAGAUAGCUUUCAAAAACAUGUCUCUUUGUUACGAGGGCUCAGAUAAGCCGGUGCUUAAAAAUUUACUUUGCACAAUUAAGCCUGGUGAAAAAGUCGGUAUUGUCGGACGUACAGGUGCCGGAAAGUCGUCGAUCAUAUCAGCCUUGUUUCGUAUGUCGGAACCUACAGGUGUGGUAGAGGUGGAUGGAGUCGACACAAAAACUAUUGGUUUACAUGAAUUACGUCGGCGAAUAUCAAUUAUACCGCAGGAACCGGUAGUUUUCACGGGAACCGUACGUCGUAAUCUCGACCCGUUUGCCGAGUUUACGGACAGUCAGAUUUGGGAGGCCUUGGAUGAGACACAGUUAAGGCAUACCGUGAAUGAGCUACCCGGCCAAUUGGACGGGGAGCUUAGUGAAGGUGGGGGUAAUUUGAGUGUAGGCCAGAGACAAUUAGUGUGUUUGGCCAGGGCAAUUUUAAGAGAUAAUAAGAUACUGGUGCUCGAUGAGGCUACGGCUAAUGUGGACUUACAUACCGAUGCACUCAUACAACAGACCAUAAGACAUAAGUUCGCAAACUGUACGGUACUUACGAUCGCACACCGGCUCAACACGAUUAUCGAUUGCGACCGCGUUUUGGUGCUGGACGCGGGUGAGAUCAUGGAGUUUGACGCGCCGUUCGCUUUGUUGCAACGAAAGGCAUAUUUCUAUGACAUGUGCCGUAAGACUGGUCGCGAAAUGUGCAACCAUUUGAUACAAAUGGCUAAAGAGGCACAUCUCAGACGCUAUAACACUAUGGAAGUGGACGGGGAGGACGACUACUGGGUGUUUCCAAUAUUCUGGACUGUGUGGCACAAUACUCGACUGACUAUGGAUGACAUGUACCGGUGCUCACGACAUGAUGAGUCGGAAGGCGCCGAUUGCGUACUACGUGUCGCGCAACCGGUACUAUUGGGUUAUACCAUAGACUACUUUAUCCGCGAAAACGGCGUAACUUAUAGCCAGGCCUGUUGGUCUACUGCCGGUGUGUGCAUGUGCUCGGUCCUUUUAAUAAUAUUAGUUCACGUCCAUAUGGUGGGCCUCAUACAGAUUGCUAUGCGCGCCCGUAGCGCCACCUGCGCCUUAAUAUACAAAAAAAUUAAUGGCACCGUUAGCUAUUCAUCACAAGAGUCCUGGAUAUUCAAUAAUAGUGUCCGAAAUAACAUACUGUUUGGCCGCGAAUAUAAUGAAGAUCGAUAUAAGCGUGUGAUAGAGGUGUGCGCAUUGGAAAGGGAUCUACAGAUACUACCAUUCGGUGAUAAAACACUGGUUGGAGAGAACGGCGUACAAUUAUCAGGGGGUCAAAAGACCAGGGUCAAUUUGGCAAGAGCUCUAUAUAAGGACUCUGAUAUAAUACUAAUGGACGAUCCCUUAAGCGCUGUGGACGCCCCUGUAGCUCAGCAUAUAUUUGAUAAAUGCAUCGAAAAGUUCCUAGCUAAUAAAAUUCGCAUAUUAGUUACGCAUCAAAUUCAAUUCGUACGCAAAGCCACACAGAUACUGGUGCUCGAUGAGGGCGUGUGCAUAGGGUUGGGUACUUAUGAGGAGCUCCAGGCGCAAGGUUUGGAUUUUAAUCAAACACUAGCUGAUCAGGAACGGGAACUUCAUGUAGUGUAUAACGACGCUAAACGGGAACAAAACAUGGUUGAGCACCGGGAUGUGUCCAGUAAUGAGUCGGCAACGCUAACCGAAAUGAUAAAAAAUUCUACAGAACUCGAGUCCCAAAUGACUUCCGUCGAGCGUAUCGUUGAGUACUCGAGACUACCACAGGAGGCGCCACUAGUCUCACCGCCAAACGACCCCUACCUUCAGGCACCCCCAUCCAACUGGCCAUCGAUGGGACAGAUAUCCUUUAAAAACGUGUCGCUAUAUUAUGAAAUGUCGGAUUAUCCAGUACUUAAAAACAUAUCAUGCACAAUUAACUCUGGUGAAAAAGUAGGUAUAGUGGGACGUACCGGUGCCGGAAAAUCGUCACUCAUAUCAGCCCUGUUUCGUAUGACUGAACCUACAGGUGUGGUAGAGGUGGAUGGGAUCGAUACGAAAAGUAUAGGUCUUAACGAAUUACGUCGACGUAUUUCGAUUAUACCGCAAGAAUCGGUAGUUUUCACGGGAACGGUACGUCGUAACCUAGAUCCAUUUGGCGAGUAUAGUGAUAGUAAUAUUUGGAAGGCUUUGGAAAAUACUCAAUUACUACAGGUAGUCAAUGAACUACCCGGCCAGUUGGAAGGUGAGCUAAGUGAAGGUGGGGGUAAUUUGAGUGUAGGACAGAGACAAUUGAUAUGUUUGGCCAGGGCGAUUUUAAGGGAUAAUAAGAUACUGGUGCUCGAUGAGGCAACGGCUAAUGUGGACUUACAUACCGAUGCACUCAUUCAACAGACCAUAAGACAUAAGUUCGCAAACUGUACGGUACUUACGAUCGCACACAGACUUAACACGAUUAUCGAUUGCGACCGCGUUUUGGUGCUGGACGCGGGUGAGAUCAUGGAGUUUGACGCGCCGUAUGUUUUACUGCAACGAAAGGCAUAUUUCUAUGACAUGUGCCGUAAGACCGGUCGCGAGAUGUGCAACCAUUUGAUACAAAUGGCUAAAGAGGCACAUCUCAGACACUAUAACACUAUGGAAGUGGACGGGGAGGGCGAGUAG